AUAAAAAAAGUAUUGAAACGUUUGAAAACUAAUAUUUGCAAAUUUUAAUACAAUUUUUCGAGUCAUGAAAAUAACCGUGAAAUUAUUCCUGUUGAUAGUUUUACUGUCAGUCGAGUCAUUUGCCAUCGACUUUACAACUAUUCGCCAAAAUGAGAUUGUUGAUUACAUCAAGAAUAGGGCUGAUAUACUUUAUGGAGCCAAGUUGAGCGAACGAAACCUUCAGGAUUUGUUGAGCAGUGCUGUUUUCACUGGACUCGAAGAGGAAGCGACAACAUUUGCUUAUGGCAAAUCAGUUUAUUCUGACCCAAAACAAUCAGUGGAGGUAAACUCGGAAAAAACACUUAACAGCUUAAAUUCAUUGGUUUCUGAUUCAACAACUGAAUCUGUUCCAUUGAAGAUAUUUUUAACUUCAGAUUCACAAGGAACAAGAGAUAUUCAAAUGGGUACUCUUACUACUACUAAAUCAUCUUCAAGUAAACAAUCUGUUGGUGAUUUUGUUGUCACAAGUGUACAAUCGCAAAAUAACGAUAUAACUAAUCUGGAUGGUUCUAUUACUAUUAAUUUAGGAGGUUCAACUGACUCUCACAAUUUAACUUUAUUCAAAACUGUUUACAUUUCAGCAGAGAUCAAAAUCACUUCACUUGGCUCAGAAUGGGAUGAAAAUUUGUUGAAAAACGACGGUAAACUCAUUUCCUUAUUACCUUCAACCACAGGCUCAUUAUACACUGUUGAAUAUCAAUCACUGAUCCGUGAAUCGAUUCCAUCAAAUGAUGGUAACUUAUUCAGCGGUACUAAAACCAGUGGUACUGUUUUGGUACACAAAAAUGCAAAUGGAGUUUUAAGUCUAUCUGGUCGAAUAAUUUCUGGAAAAAUUGAACCAACAUUAGAAGAUCAUGCGGAAGAAUUGGUUGAUACAUUUUUAACUCUGAAUGGAGCUAAAUCAAGACAGUUCUUUAUAAAAGACGAUGGAAUGGUUUCCAAAAAGUCAAAUUCAAUCUCAGAACCCAUCAUAAAGAAAUCAUAUAUCAACUCAAAAUCAAAUAUGAUUUCUGGACUAGAUUCAUUUUUGGAUGAUCUUCUUGAACCCAUUGAAAGCUUGGUUGAUGGCUUAUUCAAUCCUCCCAGCUCACGCCAUGGACACAGACAUCAGACUAAGAAACCAUUUACGACAGAUGCACCAACCACAUCAACUUCAACGACACCCAAACCCAAACCAGAACCAGUAGUAACUACACCUAAACCAACUUUCCCUGAAUUGAGUUCACCUAAAUUACCUCCUCUGCCCAAAGGAACUACUGUCUCUGUUUGGAGCACAGAAAUAAUUCACUAAAUUGGUUCUUUCUGUUUUUACCUGUAUACAGAAAUUUUCCAGUAAUUAAGACUAAAUUUUCACUUGCUGGUGACGAACUACGGUUUGGUGACUUAUUAAAUUUGCAAACAAUUGAAUAAUUACUUAUUUCCAUUCUUUCGUCAUAAGAGUCAUUUUAUAUUUGCAGCUAUCACGUUGAAAUUACAUGUCCAAUCUAAAAGGAUUUGAGGUUUGUGGUAAUCUGUAUUAAAAGUUAUUAUCAACAUUGA